AUGGCUAACAAUGUCACUAACCGGUUCCAUCAAUCUCUCACUCGAAAUGCUCUUCGCUCUUAUCUCGCCGAGUUCAUGUCCACUUUCUUCUAUGUUCUUGCCGUUGUUGGUUCUGGAAUGUCCGCACGGAAAUUGAUGCCUGAUGCAACACUGAAUCCGGCUACGCUUGUUGUGGUUGCCAUUGCAAACGCUUUCGCCUUGUCGUCCGUGUUGUACACCGCAUGGGACAUCUCCGGUGGACACGUCAACCCGGCGAUUACGUUUGCAAUGGCAAUAGGAGGCCAUGUUAGUGUACCAACCGCUCUCUUUUAUUGGUUUGCCCAACUUAUAGCCUCUGUUAUGGCUUGCCUUGUCCUUAGGGUCAUCCUUGUUGGAAUGCAUGUUCCGACAUACACAAUUGCUGAAGAAAUGACAGGGUUUGGAGCAUCAGUACUAGAAGGUUUCUUGACAUUUGUAUUGGUGUACACAGUGUAUGCAGCAAGGGACCCAAGACGUGGUCCAUUGAGUGCUACAGGACCAGUCGUAAUUGGACUCAUGGCCGGUGCAAAUGUGUUAGCCGCAGGUCCCUUCUCUGGAGGCUCAAUGAACCCAGCAUGUGCUUUCGGCUCUGCCGCCAUUGGUGGCAGUUUCAGGAACCAAGCCGUGUAUUGGGUUGGUCCCUUGCUUGGUGCUGCCGUCGCUGGCCUUCUUUAUGACAAUGUAGUCUUCCCAGUAACCGCAACAACUGGAGUUUCUGAUGGACUUACUGUGUGA